AUUCGACUACAGCAAACGAUUUAAUGGUAUUUUGUGUGUGUUGAGUUAAAAGACUUGGAAACCACAGCGCGCUGUCUGCUCGACUUCUUGGAACUUAAUAACAACUGGACAUCAGGACGACUGUAAACCAGCGUGUGUCUCAGCUGUGAAACUCUCCUCCGAACAUUCAGCGGACUGUCCGUGUAGCCUGGAGACUAACACAUGGUGUGUUCGCAGAAGUGGUCGAGCGUGACAUGGCCGCCCCUGCCUGAGGAGAAGCCGCCUCGAUUAUCCGGUUUUUGAUAGAGCCAGAGGGUCUGAGUCUCAGAAAAGGAGCUGAGGACGUGUGCAGUUUCACUCAGAUAGUACUUUAACAAUUCAAAAAGAAAAAAAUGAAUGUAAUGUUAGAAGAGGAAGCUAUGUCUGCCAUAAACAAUCCAGUCCAGGUCUCAUGUAUACACAGCAUAAAGACUGAACCGAGGUCUGUAGCUGAUCUACAAGACCUAAAUGAUAAAGUAAUGCUUAAGACAGAAACCACAUUUUGUUCUGAUACAAAUAUGACAUAUAGCUCAUCAGCGAGCUCAUCAAUGAACUGUGUACAGCUUAAAAACAUUUCUGGUCCAACUUACAUAAAACUUGAGUUUGCUAAGAAUAUUCCUCAAUCAAACUGGAAACAUGAGGAUGAUGUAAAACUGGAGCUAAGCUCUCAAGAUACCAUUGGUUGUAUUAAAACUGAGCAAGUUCCUGGUGAAGAACUUUGUCCCUUAAAAGCCGAGUAUACUGCACACAUUGAGCAGUCAGACUGCAGUCAUGAGAAUGCUGUGAAGAUGGAGUGCUACUGUCAAGAUGUCACCUGUUCAAUUAAGACUGAGCAGGAUUUUGUGCAGUGUGCAAAGACAGAAGAGCAGCUUGUAUCUAAGCAAGAAGAACAAGAUCAUACUCACAUGGUGAAGACUGAGACAGGAUGGCCUGGUCAGCAUGCAAUGUGGCAGAAUAACAUUGGUGGGAAUUGUCAAGAAAUGAGUGUUGGUAGAUGCAUAACUCCUGAGGUGACAGAUAUUGUGAGAGAAAAUCAACAACAUCAGACACUUGCGACUGUUACUGAAGUCACCAUUGAUUCCGCAACAGGAAGCAGAAGUGAUGCCGAGCCUUAUCAGUGCCAAGUGUGUUUAAGUUCUUUCAGUUUUUCAACCCUUCUCAUGAAGCACAUGAAAAUGCACUCUGAUUUUGAAGCUUACAAUUGUACUCCAUGUAGCGUUGUGUUAGAAAGAAUAGAUACUUUAAAACAGCACAAGGAAACUAACAGUAAUAAAAGAUCUGACCACUGUGAUGAGAGACCUCACCAGUGUACUGUAUGUCAUGUAGCUUUCAAAAGAUUAAGUUCUCUAAAAAAACACAUGGUGACUCACAGUAAUUUGAAACCAUACCAGUGUACUUUAUGUCAUGUAGCUUUCAAAAGAUUAGGUAACCUAAAAAUGCACAUGGUGAGUCACAGUGAUGUGAGACCUCACCAGUGUUCUGUGUGUCAUGUAGCCUUCAAAACACUAAGUGAACUGAAACAGCACAAAGUGAUUCACAGUGACGUGAAACCUUUCGAGUGCAGUGUAUGUCGGAAAAUGUUCAAGCGGUCUUAUGAGGUAAAGAAACAUAUGGUGACCCACAGUGAUGAGAGACCCUACCAGUGUUCUGUCUGUCGUUUAGCCUUCAAAACACCUGGUACCCUACGAAAGCACAAAAUGAAUCACAUUGAGGUGAGACCUCACCAGUGUUCUUUCUGUCAUGUAGCCUUCAAAACACCUCUUGGCCUAAAAGAGCAUAUGAUGGUGAAUCACAUUGAGGUGAGACCUCACCAGUGAAGUAUAUGUAAUAAUCCUUAUAAGGGGUUAAGUGAUUUAAAAGAACACAUAGUGACCCACAGUGGUGAGUUACCUCACCAGUGUUCUUUCUGUUAUGUAGCCUUCAAAACACCUCUUGGCCUAAAAAAGCACAUGGUGAAUCACAGUGAGGAGAGACCUCACCAGUGUACUGUAUGUCCUUUAGCUUUCAAAAGAUUAUCUUACCUGAAACAGCACAUGGUGAAUCACAGUGAUUUGAAACCUUACCAGUGCAGCGUAUUUAAGAAAUUUUGAAGUGGUUGUCCGAGUUAAAAAAGCUCAUGCUUAGCCACUGUGAUGUUACCUCAUCAGUGCCAUCAGUGUAGAGCUAGUUCCAAGCAGAGGGCAGUAUUAAACACAGCAUGAUAAUUAACAGGGAUGGGAAAUCUCAUUAAUGCAGUGUAUGUGAACAACCACAUGGUAUGCUGUCGAGGAGAGACCGUAUGAGUAAUGUAUGUAAAGCUUUUUCUUUAAAAUGUUCCAUGCCCAUUUAAACAGUGCAGUGUUAUAUAAGGUAGUCUUUUAAUGACACAUACUGACAUUAAGACAUACUCUCUCAUGCAUGAAGUGUGUAGAGGUACUAUUUGCUUUAUUUCCGUUAAGAUGAUCAAAUAAUUUGAAAGAGCCCUUUAAAUCCCCUUUUUCCCAAAUGCAGUUUGUUUCUUUGGACAUUUUGUCAGUGCCCUUAUUUUUCUAUUCUUUGUAUUAAUCUAUGAUCUCUGAGAGGUGAUUUGUCUACCAGAGAGAUAGCUUGUCUUUUCAAAGAACAUGAUGAUGAUGAUGAUGAUGAUGUCGAUUUGUAAUGCGCAGGUAUCCAUUCCGAAGAAUGCUCAUUGCGCAUUGAAAUGUACAGAUAUUGAUGAGUAUCUUUGUGUUCAGUGUGUAAAACUGUGCUUUAGCUCCCAACCCAAAGAUGUCAUUUCCUUUUGAAAACCAUGAAAAUCCAAGAUAGACUGCACAGUACUUUAGUUAGUUUUUUGUAUGCUACGUUAUCUCUGAUAAUUGCAAAUAACUGAACAAUGAGUUUACUUGUUUGAAUUGUAGUCUUGAUGGAUUCUUGUUGAUGUUAAUAACAAAAGGGAUAAAUAAAUGAACUGAAUAUCCA